UGAGCCCAAGAGGCUAUGCGCCCUUAACCAACAACAACAACAACGUUCGCAAUUGGUCGCAAGGAAAUGGAGGGCUCUACCUGACUAAGGUGCUGCCCUGUUCAGGAAGCUGUACAUUAUUUUUUUGUCUGUAUAUGCUGGGAUUAAAAUGCAGUGUGUCAUACCUGGCUCCAACAUAAAAGUGCUGGGCCGGGCCGUGCACGCGCUGGCUCGGAUCGGCGACGAGCUGUACGUGGACCCGGACCCGGAUGUCGUCUCGCUGCGCACCGUCAACUCGUCCCGCUCAGCCUACGCGUCGGUGGCGCUCCAGCGGCCGUUCUUCGCCCAGUACGCGGCGGGAGCGGCAGCAGGCCAGGAGGCCGUCAAGUGCAAGGUCGCGCUCAAGGCCUGCCUGUCCGCGUUCCGAUCACUGGCGUCGCUGGAGAAGACAGUAGAGCGGUGUAAGAUAACACUGGAAGAGAACAAUUCCAGAAUGGUCGUUUUUAUGGAGUGCAAGCAUAACAUCAACAAAACAUACCAUAUAGCAUUCAUCGAGUGUGAGACCUUGCAGGCGGUGUACUCGCCGGGGGACGCGGCCAACCGUCUUUCGGCGGCGCCGCGGCUGCUGCAGGACGCGGCGGCCCACUUCCGCACCGGCCAGGAGGAGGUGACGCUCUCCGUCACGCCGCGCCAGCUCACCAUCCGCAACUACACGGACGACGAGCCCGACCCGGCCAAGGCGAUCCGGACGGUGCUGGCGCUCAGCCCGGCCGAGUUCGACGGCUACACGAUUGGCGCCGACUGCGAGGUCACCUUCUGUCUGCGCGAGCUGCGAGCCGUGCUGCUCUUCACCGAGCCGCUGGCCGUGCCGCUGGCGCUCAGCUUCGACGGGCCCGGACGGCCAAUCGUGUUCUGCGCCAGCGUGCCUCACUCGGUGGAGGCGCACUUUGUGCUGGCCACGCUGGCCGAGCGAGGCGACACUCAGGCGGGCUCGCAGUCGGCGGCCGCCCAACGUGCCCACACCUCCGCCCGCGGCGAUCGCCUAUCCACUGGCUCCGCGUACAACGGGACGGCGAACAGCACGGCGCGGUUCGACGCCUCCGCUCGGCCCGUCUCCCCCGGGCCGCCCGCUGACCCAGGACUGCCAGCGUGUGCUAGCACGCCGCUGGAGGAGGGCCCAGACGCCGCGCCGCCGCCGACAGACGGGCUGGACGCUGCGCCGCCAGCGGACGGGCCGGAUGGCCUGGCAGACGCCGCGCCAGUCACGCCGCCCCGCAAGCGCGCCCGGUUCACCUUCCAGCGCUGCUUCAACGAGACGAUAGAUCCGCUGCGCGUGCCCGGCCACGGGCGGGUGCUGGCGCCCGACUCGGACGAGGAAUGAG